UCGAUAAACUAGUUGGGUGUAUUUUUGCAGUGUAUCGUUAAAUCAUGCCAAAAGUUGUGUCCAGGAGCGUUGUCUGCUCUGAUACCAGGGAUCGCGAGGAAUAUGAUGACGGGGAGAAGCCAUUGCAUGUCUACUACUGCCUUUGCGGACAGAUGGUGCUGGUGUUGGACUGCCAACUCGAGAAGCUGCCUAUGAGACCCAAGGAUAAAGCCAGAGUUAUAGACGCGGCUAAACACGCACAUAAAUUUUGCAACGUGGACCAGGACGAGACCGCUUACAUUAAAAGAGAAGCGGGAAUAGAAAGGCAGUUUAGAAAGAAAUGUGGCAAGUGUGGUCUGUUGCUAUUCUACCAGCACCAAGAGAAAAAUAACACUGCUACUUUUAUCGUUGACGGUGCCGUGGUGAAGUUUGGCCAGGGCUUUGGAAACACCAGCGUCUACAGCCAGAAGCAACCAGAGCCCCCCAAGAAAGUGCGAGUGAUGAUGACAAAGAGAACCAAAGACAUGGGCAAAUUCAGCUCGGUCACCGUCUCCACCAUCGAUGAAGAAGAGGAGGAGAUAGAAGCCAGGGAAGUGGCGGACUCUUACGCUCAAAAUGCCAAAGUCAUUGAAAAACAGCUGGAGAGGAAGGGCAUGAGCAAAAGAAGGCUACAGGAACUAGCUGAGCUGGAGGCCAAGAAGGCAAAGAUGAAGGGAACCCUUAUUGACAACCAGUUUAAGUGAGAAGGAGGACUUAAAGGAUAUUUAUGAACAUUUAAAACAAUCUGUCUAGGCCUUAAAUUGUGAAA